GCUGGCUGUAAGAGCUCUCAGCCAGCAGCAAUGUGAAGACAUGGCUGAGCAGCUCCGCUGGGCAGAAGAGCAGUGCGGCAAGGCUCUGAGACUCUGGCAAUCUGCUCAGGAAGAGGAGAAAAGGAAGCUGGUGCAAGAACUGCAGAGACAAGUGGACCAACAACAUGUGAAGGCGCGGGAGCAGCUGGAGGAACGGGCUAACUUCCUGGCACAGCUCCUGCAGGAAGAGCAGCGUCAGAAGGCUGCUCUGUUAGCCAGGGUGUGCCAGCUGCAGAGAGAGCUGAGCCAAAAGGAGCAGCUGAGGCAGGAGCUGACUGAGGAGCGGGAGAAUGGGCAGAUGGACGCAGGAUCACCCAUCAAAGGUGCCGCAGCAGCAGCAUCCUGCCAAGAGGCCUCCUGUCUGCAGCCUGGAAACCGGAGCAUGAGCAGUUCACGCGGCUCAAGCCAGGAGAGAGAGAAGCAGCUCCUGAAGCUGCUGAGGCGUGUGGUGAGUGUGGGAGAUCCUGAAAAUAAGUACACCGGAUGGAAACGUAUUGGCAGUGGGUGAGUGCAGCCACGCUUACUUCUACAGAACCACGGGCCAGGAAUUUUGGUGGUGCAAUAGCACGUGGGAAGUCAGGCAAGCUGCAAGCAUCUUCAGAGCCUGGCUCCAGAUUGUCCCUGUCUCAGUGCUGAGGCAGUACCAGGCAUCAUCAAAGAAAACUGGAUGCUGACAAUGUCUUGGCUGCCUCAAGGAGCAGGACCUGGAAGUCCUCUUGUCCCUCAAAAAUGGGGCACCAGUUUGCCUCUUUUCCCAGGAGACAUGCUUUUGUAUGUAUGGCCACACUCCUGAAGGUAGGAAAGCCUGAGAGAGCAGCUUAUCACCUGAUAACAGCUCUCAGUAGCAUUUCUUAGUAGUACUUUACUGGAAACAGUAUUCAGUGGUCAGGAAAAUAAGAAAGGCUGUGUGGCGUUGGCUGAGUUGGGCAGGUAGGAUCAAAAGAGAGCGGUGAGAAGGCCCAGCAGGACUGUGUGUUUCAUUGCCUGCCAAGGCACGCCACAGGCACAGACACAAGAAGGACAAGGCAAAGCAAACUCCCCCACAUGCAUAAUCUAGCAUGUACAUUGGAGAUUUCUAGCAGCCCUUUUUCUUCCUGUGUGAGCCAGCUUUUCGCUUGGACAUUCUGCAUGGCUGAGGGCUGCUGGGCUGUUGUGCCAUUGGCUGAAGAGUAGACAAAGCCCAGUGUUUUAGAGAGACUGCAGGCAGCAGAGAGCUCCUGCCUGCGCUGCCUUUUGCUUCUCAGCACUGAACAACUUCUCUGUUUUUGCACUGCUCUCAUCCUAGGGGUUUUGGAAUUGUUUAUAAGGCCUUCAACGCUGCCACAGGACAAGCGGUGGCUGUAAAGCAACUUAAUCUCCAGCACCAGGGCUGCGAGGACGUACUGAAAGAAAUCCUGGUCAUGAGUGAAAAUAAGCACGCCAAUAUUGUCACCUACCUAGAAAGCUACCUUGUCAAUGAGGCUGUCCUGCUGGUCUUGGAGUAUAUGGAUGGAGGCUCCUUAGGUGAUGUGGUCAGCGUGAGAAGGAUGGCUGUAGGACACAUAGCAACAGUGUGUCGGGAGUGCCUGCAAGGCCUGGCUUUCCUUCAUGCCAACCAGGUGAUCCAUAGAGAUAUCAAAAGUGACAACAUCCUUCUGGGCCGGGAUGGCUCCGUCAAGUUGGCUGAUUUUGGCCUCUGUGCUCUGCUCAGCCCUGAGCAGAGGAAACGGAGGUCGAUGGUCGGGACCACUUGCUGGAUGGCACCCGAGGUUGUGAGAAGAGAGCCUUACGGCCCCAAAGUGGACACCUGGUCCCUUGGCAUCGUGGGAAUAGAAAUGGCCACAGGAGAGCCUCCUUAUGUUCGGGAAACCAGUGACAGGGCCAACUUCCUGAUAGGCAAGCAAGGGGUACCAGACCUGCACAAGCUCAGGCUACCCCCUGGCUUGUGUGAAUUUCUGGGCUGCUGCCUGCAGAUGGAUGUGGACAGGCGAGGCUCUGCCAAGGAACUUCUGCAGCAUCCAUUUCUGCAAUCAGCGGAGCCUCUCUUAAGCCUCUUCUGACAGCCUUGAUUGCUGUCCUCCUUGCAGCCAGGUAAUGCAGGAAGCAAAAGAGAUGAGAAGGACCACCUGAGCACUUGGAGAACAGAGCCUCUGAGAGCAGGACAGCAUUGCUGGAGGCCACAGAGUCACUACUGAUGUGCACUUUUCAGGAGCUGGAAGGGCAGCGUUUGGAGGCACAGCAGCUGCUGGCACAAGGGGCAAACUUCCUGGAUGAGGUAGAGAAGAAGCAGGAGGAAAGGCUGCUUGAGACGAAGCAGGAAGUUGCCACCAUGCAAGCUGAAUGAGAAGAGAUUCCAUGGGCCCCCGCCAUCUCGAAGGGCUUUUCAAAUGUAAACAAAGGAAAUGUGCAGUGAAGUAAUGCAGGAAGCAGAAGACAUGACCAGGAUCACUUCAGGAUUACACUCCGCAAUGGCAGCUUGGAGCUGCACUCACAAUAAAAGUCCUAUACGCCCUCAAGCCUGCUGCAAGAUUCCCUUCCUCGUCAGCCAGGGAAUAAGGCUCUACAUUCCCUUCUGAGUUGGCCAUUCCUUCUUAAAGAUGGAAAGUCCCUCCUAAGGGCCUUCUGCUGUGGUUUGGAAUUGGGAACGCUCUCCUUCCUUUAUCAGCUCCCACCUCCACUGCCUUUGGAAUGCUGCCCAUUGGCCAGUUUUUGCCCAGCCCUGGACUUGUGGAUGAGGAAGAAAGUGCAA